AAGUCGCCGGAACAAUGUCAGAGCCCUUUAAAAUACGCCAGGGAGUAUUUCAGGGGGCCGUUAACAGUAUGAUCCUGUAUCAAUUUUAUAUAAGUGACUUAUUAACGGAACUCCAAAGGAGCAAUUUAGGAGCCAAGGUCAUGGGAAUGAAUACCUGCUCCCCAGCGUACGCUGAUGACAUUGCAUUAGUAGCUUUAUUCCCAGGGGCAAUGGACACGUUGCUGGAUAUCUCAUUUAAACAUAGUUCAAAAUGGAGAUACACUCUUCACCCACAGAAAUGUGUCGCGCUAACGUAUGGUAGCAACGAAAAAUACGCAUUUAAUUUAGGGACGGACACGAUAAAUAACGUCACGAAGGCCAAACAUGUGGGCAUACCUCUGAGUACAACCGGAGAUUUUAGUGACCACACCAAGCACGCUAUAUCAAGUGGCAAAAGGAAACUGUUUUCGCUUUUUGGACUCGGUCAUAAAACAAACGGCCUAUCCCCCAUUCUAGCCACUAAGUUGUACAAUAGCUUUACUGUUCCUACGUUUCUCUACGGUGAUCAAAUCAUCAACUAUAAACAACGUGAUGUUGAAAUGAUGGAAGUGGCCCAACGCGAAAUUGGACGAAGGAUACAAUUUCUUCCCAGUAAUUGCAGCAAUCCAAUGUCGACGAUGCCACUGGGAAUGUGUUCAGUUAAACUAAAGAUGGACUAUGACAAACUCCUUAUGUUUUUCAGUAUUAUUACGCUUCCCAUGACCAAUAUUUACAAACAACUACUGAUGAUGCGCUUUAUGAGCAUAUUUAUACAAGGAAAAAAAUGGGAUUCACCAAUAUACAGGAUGUGGGAGUGUAUAAAACGUCACAAUCUAUUAGACUAUGUGAUCAAUAUGAUUACCAACGCGAAUUUUCCAUCUAAAUAUACAUGGAAAAGGAUAAUUAGGAAUAUAAUAGGCACCAAACAGAGAAACGACUACAACACGAUUUGCGCAAUGUACAAGCGCCACGACAUAGGUGUAAAGAUUUCGGAUGUCUCAACUAGUAGAAGUGGACUACUUAAACCAUGUAUAUGGUGGUUACUCGCAAAAAUGAAACCAGAAAAUCUUCCAGUAUGUAAAAUUAUGAUGCGCCUCUCUACAGACUGCCAUGAGCUGCGCGUAAAAAACUCUGGGCUAAAUUGUAUUUGCGUUUUGUGUAAUACGUUUGAGGUAGAAACGAUUGAACAUUUCCUUAGCUCCUGUGAGGCUUACUUUGAUGAACAUGCCAGACUGACUUCUAUUAUAAAUAAAUACGGUAACCCUUGUGAUUUAAAGAGCGUUGUAUUCGGCUAUCACGAACAUAUAGCUGAAAAUGACAUGAUCCAAAUAGGUGAAAUUGUUCUCCAAAUGAGUAUAAAAAGAGCUCGUUUAAUGCGAGCGUACACUGGUAACCAGAUGUAAAAAGGUGACCAAAAAACACUUUCUGUAAAUAGUUUUGACUUUAUUAUGUACAUGUAUAUGUGUUGUAAAUUAUAAAACUACUCUGUUUAACUACAGGUUAAUAAAUUAAUAAUAAUAAUAAUUACCAAUUGACUGCAAGAUUUGAGUGAACAAGUACCUCGUAUUUUUCAUUUUUCGAUAUUUUGUAAUUUGUUGGCUGAUGAGUAACUUGAUAUUUUAUGUCUAAAUGUAUCAAAGUGGUUCAUAGUAAUAGUUUUAUUGUACACCAUAAACUGUUAACGUUUUAGAAAUAGAACACAAUAUAUGAUUUGAUAAUAGGACAAUACAUGUAAUAAUAUGUCUAAACUCGGUGGUUUGUUUGUAAGUUUGUUUUUCUA